AUGGACCUACAAAGAAGAAUGUUCCCAGACUCCGAAAUAGCUGCGUGCAUGGCACUGAAGAGGAAACGAUGUGCUACCCUGGUUCAAGUCUUAGGGGAUCAUGCUUUAAAUGGAUUGGCAGCGAAGCUUCGGAAGUCUAAAUUUAGCAUAAUUAUUGACGAAACAACUGACUGUUCGGUAAAUAAAGCAUGCGCUGUAAUUGCUAAAUAUUUUGAUGUUGAUGAAUGUAAAAUAAAAACAUCUAUGCUAGACAUCAUAAACAUUUAUGAAGGGAAUCGGGGUUCAUCGGGGGAAUCUUUAUAUAACAUGAUUUUGAACUGUUUAAAUGCGUUACAAAUUCCAUUGAGUAACAUAAUAGGUUUCGCUGCUGAUGGUGCCUCAAAUGUAAUGGGUACUGUUAACAGCGUAUCAAGUAGGCUGAGACAGCAAAUGCCAGGCAUAACAAUAUUCCGAUGCGUUGCACACAGUAUUCACCUUUGCUCAAGUGAAGCAGCAAAGACACUGCCCCGAGUAUGUGAAGACCUCAUAAGAAAUAUAUACAAUUUUUUUUCUCAUAGUGCAAAACGCAAAUAUGAAUUUAGAGAAUUUCAAUAUUUCUGCCAGGUAAAACCUCAUAAGUUACUGCAUCCUUGUGCAACUAGGUGGUUAUCGCUUCAUCAAGCUGUUGCGAGAGUGUUAGAGCAGUGGCAGCCCCUCAAACUUUAUUUCACGCAAAUUGCAUUGGAGGAAAGAUUAACAUCUGUAGAACAAAUUCAUAACACACUUAACGACCCUUCAGUUUUUUGUUAUUUGGUUUUUUUGAACUACAUUCUACCACAACUCAAUAGUAUAAACAUAAUUUUUCAGUCAAAGGGACCCACACUCCAUCUCCUUCAUGACAAAAUAUCCAAUAUGUACAGGUUACUACUGAAAAACUUUUGUUAUCCUCACAUAAUUGCAAAAACUCCACUACAUGAAAUUGACCCUGCAGAUGAAAAUAUUCAUGUUCCACUUAAUCAAAUCUACCUUGGGGCUGAGCUUCACGAUUUAUUUCAGAAGCCAGAGUAUCAGCUCAGAGAUAUGGUUGAAAGUGUGAAAACAAGAUGUAGAACUUUCCUAAUUGUAGUCUGCCAGCAAAUAAACAAAAGGUUUGACCUCAGCAACAAAUGGAAAUUGGCCUCAUGCUUGCAUCCAAAAUCUGUUAUGGAUCAUAAUAUUAGAAGUAGUGUACCAUCUUUGAUUGAUUUAGGUAAUGCUGUUCCCCGUAUUAAUAAUUAUGACAGGCAACCUUUAGACGACCAGUGGUGGGAUGUAGCAUGGCACACUUUCCCAGAGGAAAUAAAGAACUCACCCAAUGAUAUAGAGGCCUUUUAUAAAUAUAUUAUGACAGUUGAAGAUGGACUGGGUCAGAAAAAAUAUGAGUCUUUGGGUAAAUUUGCAAUGGAAAUUCUAUCUCUCCCUACCUCUAAUGCUGAUGCAGAGCGCCUUUUUUCUAAAUUAAAUUUAAUAAAAAGGAAAGAAAGAAACUGUCUAAAACUGGAAACUGUAAGAUCUCUUAUCCACUUAAGUGAAAUUACUGAAAAAGGAAAGUUUAAUGAGUUUGAACCGACAACAGAAAUGCUUUUCUCUGUGAAAUAG